AUGUUUCCUAAAUGGAGAUGGGAGGCAGUGUCUGGGAUGACGGCGAGUGGACAGGAACUAAUUCGAGUAGAGAGAGCGGUGUAUUACAACUCACGCGGCACUGAAUCAUGCCAGACUUCCUCCACUUUAUCACUACUUCGCGGUCUAAUGGAUCUUCCUUUCGAACUCCGUAGUCCUGUCUACGAUCACAUCGCAUCGAUGCCACGGACCAUCGACAUCUUCGAAUCUGAUAAGAUUUCAGGCGGCAUUUCUACGACUGACACUCUUCGCCAGCUUUCAAAUGCCCAUCCACGCUUCGAAGAAGAUAUCAAGGUGUGGCUCAAGACAAGACCUGCCCUCCGAAAGCUGCGAUCUGGCGAGAUCUUUGACGCAACCUCGGUCUCUUUUCUUCUCGAUUUCGACGAAUAUUUCUUGAAGGCAAUUUGCACUUCGGACACAGAGAUGCUAAAAAAUAUCAAUUGGACAAAGUUCCGCAACACACUCAGCCACCCCACUUUCAAUGAGAAUGCUCAACGCCUCGUCAUCGACAUCUCGAAGUUCCACAAGUCCAUCGACAAUUCUAUCUUGGGAGCAGUUUUCCCUAUACUUUCGAGGUACCUCGGGAAACUCCGGAACCUCCAGAAUAUCCAGGGGUUCGGAAAAGCAAGAUAG